GGUUUCGGGUUUAUCUUCCGGGUUGUUCCUGUGACGCCAUGAAGCAUGCUAGCUAUCUUCAGAAGCUAACAGCCUGAGAUGUGUAACUGUGUUUCAGCUGAGUUUGUGUGAAACGAACGUCAGCGUGUGGACUGAGAUAUCUGAGAGAAGGUGCAGCUGUGUGCUCACGUCCUGUUGGGACACAAGGAGAGAGCCGGCAGAAGAUGAUUGAACCAGAUCUAUUGACGGAGGUUCCCGCCGCACUCAAGCGGUUGGCCAAGCAGGUUGUGAGGGGUUUCUACGAAGUGGAGCAUGCCUUGGCCCUGGAUGUGCUUAUCCGCAAUCCAUGCGUACGCGAGGAGGAUAUGCUGGAGCUUCUCAAGUUUGACCGUAAACAGCUGCGCUCGGUGCUCAACACCUUGAAGGCAGACAAGGUAGUCAAGUGCCGCAUGCGAGUGGAGACGGCAUCUGAUGGCAAGACGACGCGACACAACUACUACUUCAUCAACUACAGGGUACUGGUCAAUGUGGUCAAGUAUAAAUUGGAUCACAUGCGACGGCGCAUUGAGACAGAUGAGCGAGACUCCACCAACCGUGCUUCCUUUCGGUGCCCUUGCUGCUUCUCCACCUUCACUGACCUAGAAGCCAACCAGCUGUUUGACCCUAUGACAGGUACAUUUCGUUGCACUUUCUGCCAGACAGAAGUAGAAGAGGACGAGUCCGUCUGUCCUGAUGCCAGGACACAGGUGGCACGCUUCAACGAGCAGAUCGAACCCAUCUAUGCGCUGCUACGCGAGACCGAAGAUGUCAACUUGUCCCACGAUCUUCUGGAACCUGAGCCCGGAGAGAUCCCUGCGCUCAAACAGAGCCGUGAACGUGCUGCAGCAGCUGCAGGAAUGACUGGCCCACACCGUGAGGCCUGGUCUACCAAAGGCUCAACCUACGGCGACAUGUACACCCAGAACGUGGUUAUCAACAUGGAGGAGCAGGGAGACCAACAGAAACAGCCCAGUGAGGCCAAGGUAGUCAAGGAGAGGCCUGUCUGGUUGACCCAGAGCACCGUGCAGGGAGCGUUCAGUGAGCCCGACGUCAUCAGUAACCGUGGAGACAUUGCACCGGAAGCCAUCGAUGGAGCAGCUGCUCAUGGAGUCGGUCAGGGAGAUGAAAAUGAGGAGGUAAUGCGGGCUUUGCUCAUCCACGAGAAGAGAGGUGCGGCGGCAGCUGAAAAAGUCGGAGCGAGCACCGCUGCUAAGGGACCCAAGUCCACCAAAGCUACUGGCAGCGACUCGGACAGCGACACCAGUGAAUCAGACGACAACCUCCCCGCAGGUCCUCCCCCUGCAGCAGCUGCUCAGCACCGGGCGCUUGUGGAGGAGGACGAUGAUGAGGAUGAGUUUGAGGAGGUGGGGGAUGAGCCGAUGGUGAUGGUGGGAGGUCGGCAGUUCUCGUACCGAGAGGUGAGCCAGAGGCCAGAGCUUGUGGAGCAGAUGUCUGCGCAGGAAAAAGAGGCCUACAUUGAAAAGGGACAAAACCUCUUCCAGGACAUGUACUUCUGAAUACACACAUUCACUCAUGAGAAUAUACAUUUUGGCUGUUGCACACUGUCAGAGUGCUUAUCAGAGGAAAGGUUUGUGGACACAACUCAUCAAGAAUAACUAAGAUGCUGCUCAACCAGUAUUGACUGUCAAAAGGACAUGUUUUGACAGUGUUGCCUCACUUGUAGUAUUCUGUCCAAAGUAUUUUUUGAAAGUCACCAAACCAAAAAGGGCAGGGCAGCUGCUCUUCAAGCAGUCUUGUUGGGCGUUUUUUUUAUUGAAGCUCUCAAGUUUAACAGAUUACCUUCACUUAUUAUUUGUCACCUUUGUUUUUUCACUUUUCCUUCUCAUGACGAACGAUAAGGAAACAAAAUCCUAGAUUUCACACUUAAAGUCAAUUUCUCAUGUGCUUUGAGAUUGGCUGAAAUAUGAGUGCAAAGCAACAUGCUGCUUCCACUCCACUGUCAGUGUUAAAUGAAUGUUGACAAAAAGGUAAAACUGUAUAUGAACGAUUGUCUCAGGCAUUUUUGAAAUGGAGAGCGAAUAAAAGAUGUGCAUCAGAUGUCGUA